AUGAAUGAGGUGAGCUGUGCCACCCACAGACCAUUCAACAAGCAACCAUCACCACCUCACUGCCUGGUGAGAACCUUGUCCCACACCCCCUCGUGGAAAACCAAAGAGAAGGAGCAAGAUGCUGAUUACAUUGAGACUUUCCGCCUGGGUAACGUGGCACGAGCCUGUGUUCGAGCAGAUCUCCUGACUGAAGGCGCGAGCCCCCCCAAGUCCCUGCACAAGCCUGGACUCCUCCCGACCCCACCCCCACUUGCAGCGACAGAGAUGGGGCUGGCCUUUAAGAUCCUGCUCCUGUUGGUCACAGUGAGCCUGGAGGGGGGCGACUGCGCCAUCUUUGUGAAGACCAUCCGUCAGCGGCGGGCACUGCUGCCCAACGCCACGUCCGGCCGCCCCACCACCUUCAACCACGUCUACAACAUCAAGCUGCCGUACUGCAGGAACUGCUCGGCCAACGUCGCUCAGCCCCUGGCCCGCAUCUUUGAGGCUCGAGACGAGGCCUGGGAUGACCAGAGCUUUGAGCACACCGUCGACCCCACCAAUCAGGUGGUCUUCACCCACAGGAUCAACAUCCCUCCGCAGGCCUGUGGCUGCGACGAUAUCCAGGCUCUCCUAAACCGCCUGGAGGUGCUGGAGAAGCAGGUGCUGACGCUGGAGAGGCAGUGCUCGGGCAGACCGUGCUGCGGUAUGAAGCGUAUGGACUGCGGUGCCCAUGGGAGGUUCAGCUCCUCUAGCUGCAGCUGUGUUUGUGACCAGGGCUGGACGGGGCCAACCUGUGCCAAGGCUAACUGCCCUGCCAGCUGCCACCCUCCCCAGGGUGACUGUGUGGAUGGCCGGUGUGUGUGUCGUCAGGGGUUUACAGGCGAGGACUGCAGCAAGGAGAGCUGCCCCGAUGACUGUAAUGACCAGGGCCGGUGUAUCGAUGAUGAGUGUGUCUGCUUCCCUGGCUACACAGGCUACGGCUGUACAGAGCAGACCUGCCCUGAUGACUGUAGGGACCAUGGCAAGUGUGUCAACGGCCGCUGCGUCUGUGACAAGGGCUACUCCGGCUUCGACUGCCGCUUCGAAGAUUGUCCGGAAGACUGCAGCGGGCAAGGACGCUGCCUUGAUGGCAAGUGCGUCUGUAACACAGGCUUCUCAGGACGGGACUGCAGCCUUCCAGCCUGUCCCAGUAACUGUCACCGCCGAGGGAACUGUGUCAACGGCAAGUGUGUCUGCAGGAAAGGCUUCACUGGGCCUGACUGCAGCCUGAAAACUUGUCCUGAGAACUGUAACAACCGAGGGCGAUGUGUCAAUGGGAAAUGUGCCUGUAACACAGGCUAUUCAGGAGCUGCCUGUGGGACCCAGACCUGUCCUGAGAACUGUAACAACCGAGGACGAUGUGUCAACGGGAAAUGUGUCUGUAACACAGGCUAUUCAGGAGCUGCCUGUGGGACCCAGACAUGUCCUGAGAACUGUAAUAACCGAGGGCGAUGUGUCAAUGGGAAAUGCAUCUGUAACACAGGCUAUUCAGGACCUUCCUGUGGGACCCAGACCUGUCCUGAGAACUGUAACAACCGAGGGCGAUGUGUCAAUGGGAAAUGUGUCUGUAACACAGGCUAUUCAGGACCUUCCUGUGGGGUCCAGACAUGUCCUGAGAACUGUAAUAACCGAGGACGAUGUGUCAAUGGGAAAUGUGCCUGUAACACAGGCUAUUCAGGAGCUGCCUGUGGGACCCAGACCUGUCCUGAGAACUGUAACAACCGAGGGCGAUGUGUCAACGGGAAAUGUGUCUGUAACACAGGCUAUUCAGGACCUUCCUGUGGGACCCAGACCUGUCCUGAGAACUGUAACAACCGAGGGCGAUGUGUAGAUGGGAAAUGCGUCUGUAACACAGGCUAUUCAGGGCCUUCCUGUGGGACCCAGACCUGUCCUGAGAACUGUAACAACCGAGGGCGAUGUGUUGAUGGAAAGUGCGUCUGCAAGGAUGGGUUCGCAGGAAAUGAUUGUUCAAUUGAAAUCCCUGCCACCAUCCGGCUUCACGUGAAGAAGGUCCUGGAGAACAAGGCGACCGUGGGUUGGGAGCUGCCGCAGGUUCCAGUCGAUGCCUGGGAGAUCACCUUCCGAUCCCUGGGGUAUCACCGCCUGGAUGACCCUCUCCACUGUGGCUCAAAGCAGGAGGAGAGGUCAGGGGUCAGGGGUCACCUCCUGACUGCUGCGGUGGAGCGGGACCAACUAGCAGGCUUUUGUCAUGGCGAUGAUGGUCGUGGGCCAGGGAGCCCGUUAGCUGCGACUCCAGGGUUUCUGCCACCUGAUGUGUCCCAUCCCUCCCAGCAGAAGGAGGACGGUGAUCAGCUGACCAAUCUCGUGGCUGGCUCCAAGAGCACGUUCCAGCAGACAGGCCUGGCCUCAGGGCAGGAGUAUGAGGUGACAGUGCGGGCAAAGAAGGGCAAGAGGUUGGGGCCGGCCGUAUCCAGGACCCUCACAACACUGAUCGAUGGGCCACGGAAUUUCCACGUAGUCUCAGCGACCAACUCCACCAUUGAGCUGGGCUGGAAGAAGCCAGAAGCCUCCAUUGACCAUUACCGCCUCAACUACUCGUCAGCGACUGGCAAACGCAGCCAGGUGGUAGUGCCAGCCAGUAACAGCAGCAUCGUACUGACAGGGCUGGAGGCUGGCGUCGAACACACCAUCUUCCUGGUGGGGGAGAAAGGUCAACACCAGAGCAAGGCCGUCGCCACCAAAGGAACAACCGUGAUUGACAGUCCCAGGAAUCUGCGUGUUGUCACUGUGACAGACUCCAGCAUCAAGCUGCAGUGGGAGAAAUCUGUCGCUAGUGAUGGCCAUUACCACAUUGUGUACAGCUCGGAGGGAAGGAAGCGUGGAGAGCUGAGGGUGCCGGGGAAGAGCAGCACAGCUACCUUGGUACAACUGGAGGGUGGCACCAAGUACACAAUCUCCUUGGUGGGUGAGCAGGGAACAAUGAGGAGCAAGCCGGUGAUCACCAAAGCGACCACUGGUGGCACCCAGGGCAAACUGGCCAGAGGGUACUCAUCACCCACAGAGGCUGCCAGUGAGAACCAGCUUGUCCAGAACAUCUCGAGGACCAUCUCCAAGAAGAUCAUGGCUGGGGAACUCUCUGCUGCUGAUGUCGGCCCAGUGAUGUGGUCCGUCAUUCGGCGUUAUCCGGCUUUUCCCAAAGAGGUCAGGCGCUCUACCAAAGUCCUUCUCAAUAUCCCAAAUACCGGAAUCCCCCAAGUCAGUUCCAGGUCUGGGAGAGGACCAGGGAGACACAGAGGAUCCAAUGUGGUUGGCUCCCCUGCAGUUUCCCCAAAGAAGCCUAAGGGAGGAGUUGCUGGCUCUCCUGGAGACCGGGAAGCCAUUCCCAUUCCCAGUCCCCAGCAAACCCACAAUGGAACCGUGAGCCCUCCCAGCACCAGGACGCCUGAACCAAACAAGCCGGAGAUUUUUGGAGACAGUCCUCCCACAGCCGCCAAUGACCCACUCCUCACUAUCCAGAGCUCUUCCCCAACGCAGGCUCCCAGUGACCUUCGACCUUUUGACCUCCCGGAUUUGACCACUGCCGUGAACUCUUACCACGUUGCGCCUGACGACAAACUCUUGGCUUCCAUUACAGACCAGGUUGCUCAUUUUCGCAACGUGACGGUUAGGGACGUUACUCCCCAAGCCUUCCGCCUGUCUUGGAAGGUUCCGGAAGGGGCCUUCGAUUCUUUUGUCGUCCAAUACAGAGUGGCUACAGGCUCUGUGCGCUGGGAGGAACGGAAAGUGCAGGGGCGUUUCCGCUCGGUGCUCCUCAAGGGGCUGCUCCCUGGCACAGACUACACCAUUAGAUUGUACGGAGUUCAAGACGGGCAGCGGACUGGGCCUACUGCGCUGAACGUGACCACAGAUUCCGUGGAACCAGUGAAAGUGGGGAAGCUUGGAAGACUCACCUUCUCUGACAUCACAGAGCGCUCCCUGCGCCUGGCCUGGACUGCGGACAGGGACUUUGACACCUUCCUCGUACACUACCGCAUUGUUGGGUCCAAGGAGGUGCACAAGCUGAAGCUGCCCGGCAACCUUCGCUCCUCGCUCAUCACAGACCUCAGGCCUGGCACCAAGUACUCCAUUUCCCUCCAUGGUAUCUCAUCUGGCCAGCGGACUAAACCGAUCAGCAGCACCACAACCACCACAGAGGGUGUAAAACUGGGCAGCGUGUCCACCUCUGAUAUCACGGCUAACUCCCUCCGACUCUCCUGGACGGUGGACAGGGCCCACUUUGACUCCUUUUUAAUCCAGUACAGAGUCCAGAGCUCUGAGGAGACCCAAAACAUCACAGUCACCGGCGGGCAACGAUCCCACCUCAUCGUAGGCCUCAAGCCUACUACCAGAUACACCAUCUAUCUCUACGGGAUUUCUGAUGGAGUAAGGACAGAGCCUUUGACCACUACUGUGACCACCUCAGUGAAGGUGCAGCCACAGUGGGGUGAAGUGAGGGACCUCUCAGUAUCAGACAUCACGGCCGACUCUCUCCAGCUCUCCUGGGUGACUGAGAGGCAAUACGACUCUUUCUUCAUUGAGUACAGAGCUGAAGAGGACCAUGACCUCCAGAGCCUGACGGUUCGUGGUGACCAUCGAUCGGCCACCAUCACAGGCCUCAGGCCUACCACCAAAUACACCCUCUAUGUCUAUGGGGUCUCGGCCGGUCAGCACACUGCUCCGCUGAGUGUGGUCGCCACCACCACAGAUAAGGACGCAGCCAGGCUGAAAAAGGUUGGGCAGCUUUCAGUCUCUAAUGUCACAUCUGACUCCUUCCAGCUUUCCUGGGCAGCAGAUGGUGCUUUUGAUUCCUUUGUGAUACAGUACAGAGUGCCCAGUUCUAAAGUGGCACGGAAACGCACGGUAACUGGUGACAGCCAGAGAUCGGUGAUCACAGGCCUCAGGCCUAGCACCAGCUACAGAGUCUUCCUCUUUGGGGUUUCCCAUGGCCAGCGCACAAGACCACUGACUGCCCUUGUGUCCACCAGAGUUUUGACAGGAUCAGUUGAAAUGAAGCCAAGCCGCCUGGAGAACCUCUCCACCUUUAACACCACAGUGCACUUGGUCGGUCUGGUGGGGCUGCCAAGGGGCCUGAGGCCAGCCACCAAGUACACCGUCCACGGCCAUGGCCUCUCUCACGGUCAAGCCAUAAAGCCACUCAGCCUGGUGCUGGCUACAGAAGGUUUUAACAAACACAUUGACUCAGUUGACCCAGGCUUGGUGAUGAUUAAAAUCCUAUUAGACAAUGCUGACGUCUACACUUCCACAGAUAAAGACAAAGUAAAGCCAAGUAAAGUGAAUAAGCUGGAGAAUCUUUCAGUCUCUAACGUCACAGCGGACUCUUUCCAGCUGUCCUGGGGAGCGGAGAAAGAUCUUGAUUCUUUUCUCAUACAGUACAGAGUGCGAGGUUCUGAGGAUGUGCACAACAUGACGGUAACUGGUGACCGUCGAUUGUCUGUCAUCACAGGCCUGAGGCCUAGCACUAUGUACACAGUCUACGUCUAUGGGAUCUCUGCUGGCAUACGCAGCAAACCUCUCAACACCCUCAUAACCACCAAAGCUUCCACAGAUAAAGACAAAGUAAAGCCGAGUAAAGUCAAUAAGCUGGAGAAUCUUUCAGUCUCUAACGUCACAGCGGACUCCUUCCAGCUGUCCUGGGGAGCGGAGAAAGAUUUUGAUUCUUUUCUCAUACAGUACGGAGUGCGAGGUUCUGAUGAUGUGCACAACGUGAUGGUAACUGGUGACCGUCGAUUGUCUGUCAUCACAGGCCUGAGGCCUAGCACCGUGUACACAGUCUAUGUCUAUGGGAUCUCUGCUGGUGUGCGCAGCAAGCCACUCAACACCUUCAUAACCACCAAGGCUACCACAGAUAAAGUCAAAGUAAAGCCAAGUAAAGCGAAUAAGCUGGAGAAUCUUUCAGUCUCUAACAUCACAGCAGAUUCCUUCCAGCUGUCCUGGGGAGCGGAGAAAGAUUUUGAUUCUUUUCUCAUACAGUACAGAGUAAGAGGCUCUGAGGAUGUCCACAACGUGACAGUAACUGGUGACCGUGGAUUGUCUGUCAUCACAGGCCUGAGGCCUAGUACCGUGUACACAGUCUAUGUCUAUGGGAUCUCUGCUGGUGUACGCAGCAAGCCACUCAACACCUUCAUAACCACCAAAGCUUCCACAGAUAAAGACAAAGUGAAGCCGAGUAAAGUGAAUAAGCUGGAGAAUCUUUCAGUCUCUAACGUAAAAGUGGACUCUUUCCAGCUGUCCUGGAGAGUGGAGAAAGGCUUUGAUUCUUUUCUCAUACAGUACAGAGUGCGUGGCUCUGAGAAUGUGCACAACGUGACGGUAUCUGGUGACCAUCGAUUGUCUGUCAUCCCAGGCCUGAGACCCAGCACCACAUACACAGUCUAUGUCUAUGGGAUCUCUGCUGGUGUACGCAGCAAGCCUCUUAAAACCCUCAUAACCACCAAAGCUUCCACAGAUAAAGACAAAGUAAAGCCAAGUAAAAUGAAUAAGCUGAAGAAUUUUUCAGUCUCUAACAUAAAAGCGGAUUCCUUCCAGCUGUCCUGGGGAGCGGAGAAAGGUUUUGAUUCUUUUCUCAUACAGUACAGAGUGCAGGAUUCUAAGGAUUUGCACAACGUGACGGUAACUGGUGACCGUCGAUUGUCUGUCAUCACAGGCCUGAGGCCUCGCACCAUGUACACAGUCUAUGUUUAUGGGAUCUCUGCUGGUGCACGCAGCAAGCCAGUCAAAACCCUCAUAACCACCAAAGCUUCCACAGAUAAAGACAAAAUAAAGCCAAUUAAAGUGAAUAAGUUGGAGAAUCUUUCAGUCUCUAAUGUAACAGCGGACUCUUUCCAGCUGUCCUGGGGAGUGGACAAAGACUUUGAUUCUUUUCACAUACACUACGAAGUGCGAGGUUCUGAGGAUGUGCACAACGUGACGGUAACUGGUGACCGUCGAUUGUCUGUCAUCACAGGCUUGAGGCCGAGCACUGUGUACACAGUCUAUGUCUAUGGGAUCUCUGCUGGUGUACGCAGCAAGCCACUCAACACCCUCAUAACCACCAAAGCUUCCACAGAUAAAGACAAAGUAAAGCCAAGUAAAGUGAAUAAGCUGGAGAAUCUUUCAGUCUCUAACAUCACAGUGAACUCCUUCCAGCUGUCCUGGGGAGCAGAGAAAGAGUUUGAUUCUUUUCUCAUACAGUACAGAAUAAAAGGUUCUGAGGAUGUGCACAACGUGACGGUAACUGGUGACCGUCGAUUGUCUGUCAUCACAGGCCUGAGGCCUAACACCGUGUACAGAGUCUAUGUCUAUGGGAUCUCUGCUGGUGUGCGCAGCAAGCCACUCAACACCCUCAUAACCACCAAAGCUUCCACAGAUAAAGACAAAGUAAAGCCAAGUAAAGUGAGUAAGCUGGAGAAUCUUUCAGUCUCUAACAUCACAGUGAACUCCUUCCAGCUGUCCUGGGGAGCGGAGAAAGAUUUUGAUUCUUUUCACAUACAAUACAGAGUAAGAGGCUCUGAGUAUGUGCACAACGUGACGGUAACUGGUGACCGUCGAUUGUCUGUCAUCACAGGCCUGAGGCCUAGCACCAUGUACAGAGUCUAUGUCUAUGGGAUCUCUGCUGGUGUACGCAGCAAGCCACUCAACACCUUCAUAGCCACCAAAGCUUCCACAGAUAAAGACAAAGUAAAGCCAAGUAAAGUGAAUAAGCUGGAGAAUCUUUCAGUCUCUAACAUCACAGUGAACUCCUUCCAGCUGUCCUGGGGAGCAGAGAAAGAGUUUGAUUCUUUUCUCAUACAGUACAGAAUAAAAGGUUCUGAGGAUGUGCACAACGUGACGGUAACUGGUGACCGUCGAUUGUCUGUCAUCACAGGCCUGAGGCCGAGGACUGCGUACACAGUCUAUGUCUAUGGGAUCUCUGCUGGUGUACGCAGCAAGCCACUCAACACCCUCAUAACCACCAAAGCUUCCACAGAUAAAGACAAAGUAAAGCCAAGUAAAGUGAAUAAGUUGGAGAAUCUUUCAGUCUCUAACGUCACAGCAGACUCUUUCCAACUGUCCUGGGGAGCGGAGAAAGAUUUUGAUUCUUUUCACAUACAGUACGGAGUGCGAGGUUCUGAGGAUGUGCACAACGAGACGGUAACUGGUGACCGUCGAUUGUCUGUCAUCACAGGCCUGAGGCCUAGCACCAUGUACAGAGUCUAUGUCUAUGGGAUCUCUGCUGGUGUACGCAGCAAGCCACUCAACACCUUCAUAACCACCAAAGCUUCCACAGAUAAAGACAAAGUAAAGCCAAGUAAAGUGAAUAAGCUGGAGAAUCUUUCAGUCUCUAACAUCACAGUGAACUCCUUCCAGCUGUCCUGGGGAGCAGAGAAAGAGUUUGAUUCUUUUCUCAUACAGUACAGAGUAAAAGGUUCUGAGGAUGUGCACAACGUGACGGUAACUGGUGGCCGUCGAUUGUCUGUCAUCACAGGCCUGAGGCCUAACACCGUGUACAGAGUCUAUGUCUAUGGGAUCUCUGCUGGUGUACGCAGCAAGCCACUCAACACCCUCAUAACCACCAAAGCUUCCACAGAUAAAGACAAAGUAAAGCCAAGUAAAGUGAAUAAGUUGGAGAAUCUUUCAGUCUCUAACGUCACAGCGGACUCUUUCCAACUGUCCUGGGGAGCGGAGAAAGACUUUGAUUCUUUUCACAUACAGUACGGAGUGCGAGGUUCUGAGGAUGUGCACAACGUGACGGUAACUGGUGACCGUCGAUUGUCUGUCAUCACAGGCCUGAGGCCUAGGAUCGUGUACAGAGUCUAUGUCUAUGGGAUCUCUGCGGGUGUACGCAGCAAGCCACUCAACACCCUCAUAACCACAAAAGCUUCCACAGAUAAAGACAAAGUAAAGCCAAGUAAAGUGAAUAAGCUGGAGAAUCUUUCAGUCUCUAACAUCACAGUGAACUCCUUCCAGCUGUCCUGGGGAGCAGAGAAAGAGUUUGAUUCUUUUCUCAUACAGUACAGAGUAAAAGGUUCUGAGGAUGUGCACAACGUGACGGUAACUGGUGGCCGUCGAUUGUCUGUCAUCACAGGCCUGAGGCCUAACACCGUGUACAGAGUCUAUGUCUAUGGGAUCUCUGCUGGUGUACGCAGCAAGCCACUCAACACCCUCAUAACCACCAAAGCUUCCACAGAUAAAGACAAAGUAAAGCCAAGUAAAGUGAAUAAGUUGGAGAAUCUUUCAGUCUCUAACGUCACAGUGGACUCUUUCCAACUGUCCUGGGGAGCGGAGAAAGAUUUUGAUUCUUUUCACAUACAGUACGGAGUGCGAGGUUCUGAGGAUGUGCACAACGUGACGGUAACUGGUGACCGUCGAUUGUCUGUCAUCACAGGCCUGAGUCCUAGCACCAUGCACACAGUCUAUGUCUAUGGGAUCUCUGCUGGUGUACGCAGCAAGCCACUCAACACCCUCAUAACCACCAAAGCUUCCACAGAUAAAGACAAAGUAAAGCCAAGUAAAGUGAAUAAGCUGGAGAAUCUUUCAGUCUCUAACAUCACAGUGAACUCCUUCCAGCUGUCCUGGGGAGCAGAGAAAGAGUUUGAUUCUUUUCUCAUACAGUACAGAGUAAAAGGUUCUGAGGAUGUGCACAACGUGACGGUAACUGGUGACCGUCGAUUGUCUGUCAUCACAGGCCUGAGGCCGAGGACUGCGUAUACAGUGUAUGUCUAUGGGAUCUCUGCUGGUGUACGCAGCAAGCCACUCAACACCCUCAUAACCACCAAAGCUUCCACAGAUAAAGACAAAGUAAAACCAAGUAAAGUGAAUAAGUUGGAGAAUCUUUCAGUCUCUAACGUCACAGAGGACUCUUUCCAACUGUCCUGGGGAGCAGAGAAAGACUUUGAUUCUUUUCACAUACAGUACGGAGUGCGAGGUUCUGAGGAUGUGCACAACGUGACGGUAACUGGUGACCGUCGAUUGUCUGUCAUCACAGGCCUGAGGCCUAGGACCGUGUACAGAGUCUAUGUCUAUGGGAUCUCUGCUGGUGUACGCAGCAAGCCACUCAACACCCUCAUAACCACCAAAGCUUCCACAGAUAAAGACAAAGUAAAGCCAAGUAAAGUGAAUAAGCUGGAGAAUCUUUCAGUCUCUAACAUCACAGUGAACUCCUUCCAGUUGUCCUGGGGAGCGGAGAAACUCAAUUCCAGAGUUUAUUCUGUGACUGACGUUGUGCAAAUUGAUCUGUUGUUUUCUCAUUUGUUUUCUUCCACAGAUAAAGACAAAGUAAAGCCAAGUAAAGUGAAUAAGCUGGAGAACCUUUCAGUCUCUAACGUCACAGCGGACUCUUUCCAGCUGUCCUGGGGACCGGAGAAAGAUUUUGAUUCUUUUCUCAUACAGUACAGAGUAAGAGGUUCUGAGGAUGUGCACAACGUGACAGUAACUGGUGACCGUGGAUUGUCUGUCAUCACAGGCCUGAGGCCUAGCACCAUGUACACAGUCUAUGUCUAUGGGAUCUCUGCUGGUGUACACAGCAAACCUCUCAACACCCUCAUAACCACCAAAGCUUCCACAGAUAAAGACAAAGUAAAGCCAAGUAAAGUGAAUAAGUUGGAGAAUCUUUCAGUCUCUAACAUCACAGCGGACUCUUUCCAACUGUCCUGGGGAGCGGAGAAAGAUUUUGAUUCUUUUCUCAUACAGUACGGAGUGCAAGGUUCUGAGGAUGUGCACAACGUGACGGUAACUGGUGACCGUCGAUUGUCUGUAAUCACAGGCCUGAGGCCUAGCACCGUGUACACAGUCUAUGUUUAUGGGAUCUCUGCUGGUGUACGCAGCAAGCCACUCAACACCCUCAUAACCACCAAAGCCUUUGGGGGGAAGCCGAGUGACAAGAUGAAACCGGGUCGCUUGUCGUUCUUGAACAUCACCUCGGAUUCUGUCCAGCUGUUCUGGCUGCCUCAGAGAGGCACUGAUUUUUAUAUCCUCCAGUACAGAGUGCGGUCUUCUGCAACUGUACAGAACGUCACGCUUACCGGUGACCGCCGCUCUUUCAAAAUCACAGGCCUCAGUCCUGCCACUAAGUACCUCUUCUCCCUGUACCGUGUCUCCGGGGGCCAGUACAAAAAGCCACUGCUCCUUCCAUUAACCACCAAAGCUUCUCCUGAGAAGGCCAAGCCCAAACCGCAAAAGGAGAUUGAACUGGGCGCUCUGUCGGUUUCUAAUGUCACGGCCGACUCCACUGCGUUCUCCUGGACUGCAGAGAAGGGAUUCGAUGCCUUUCUGAUACGGUACAAAGUGCACGGCUCCGGGGCUGUGCAGAACUUCACGGUCACCGGCGGCAAACGCUCGGCAACUAUCACAGGCCUGAGGCCUAGCACCAAGUACACCCUCUAUGUCUACGGGGUCUCUAACGGAAAACGCACAAAGCCACUGAGCAGAGUUAUUACCACAAAAGCUUCCAAAGAUAAAGAGGCUGUAAAACUGGGCAGCGUGUCCACCUCUGAUAUCAUUGCUAACUCCCUCCGACUCUCCUGGACAGUGGACAGGGCCCACUUUGACUCCUUUUUAAUCCAGUACAGAGUCCAGGGCUCUGAGGAGACCCAAAACAUCACAGUCACCGGCAGGCAACGAUCCCACCUCAUCGUAGGCCUCAAGCCUACUACCAGAUACACCAUCUAUCUGUACGGGAUUUCUGAUGGAGUAAGGACAGAGCCCUUAACCACUACUGUGACUACCUCAGCUUCUGCAGAGAGAGAUACUACAACACCAGCUCAGCUGGGCAGCGUGUCCACCUCUGAUAUCACGGCUAACACCCUCCGACUCUCCUGGACGGUGGACAGGGCCCAUUUUGACUCCUUUUUAAUCCAGUACAGAGUCCAGGGCUCUGAGGAGACCCAAAACAUCACAGUCACCGGCGGGCAACGAUCCCACCUCAUCGUAGGCCUCAAGCCUACUACCAGAUAUACCAUCUAUCUCUACGGGGUCUUCAAUGGCAAACAUAGCAAACCGUUGACUGCUGCCGUGGCCACCACAGCCUCCACAGAUAAAGAGGGUCAGAAGCCACUCCCGGUGGUGGAUCUGGGCAAGGUCUCAGUGUCUAAGGUCACGGCCGACUCCCUCAAACUCUCCUGGGAAACGGAGAGAUCCUAUGAUUCCUUCCUCAUCGAGUACGGCCCUGAGGGCUUGGAAGAUGUAAGCGAGAUCCCGGUAACCGGUGACCGUCGAUCCGCUGUCAUCACAGGCCUGAGGCCUAGCACCACCUACAGGCUCCGUGUCUACGGGCUCUCUGGUGACCAACGCAGCAGACCACUGACCACCUCCGCCAAGACUACAGCCACCGCAGCUAAAGACACUGUGAAGCCAAGUAAACUUGGCGACCUUUCUGUCUCUCACAUCACGGCUCAGUCCUUCAAACUCUCCUGGACAGCGAGCGAGGGCUUCGAUUCCUUUCUGAUAGAGUACAGCACCUCGGAGCCCCGGGGAGUGUACAACCUGACCAUGACCGGGGACCAAAGGUCCACCUCCAUCAAAGGCCUGAGGCCUACCACCGUCUACACUGUCCGUCUCUAUGGGGUCGCUAAGGGCCAGCGCACAAAGCCACUGACCAGCGUAGUGACCACCACAGACAAGGCCGUAGUCAAACCCGUUAAACUGAGACCUCUUUCCGUUUCCACGGUGGCGGCUCACUCUGUGCGGGUCUCCUGGACGACAGAUUUGGUCUUUCGUUCUUUCCUGAUCGAGUACAGAAUCGUGGGGUCCCGGAGCGUGCAGAAUGUGACGGUGAUGGCUCAUCGCCGCUCCUACCUCAUCACAGGCCUGAGGCCUAGCACCAAAUAUACCGUCACCGUCUAUGGGAUUUCAAGAGGCCAGCGCACAGCACUGUCAACAUCUGUGAUAACCACAAGAGCCUCCACAGAUAAAGAGGGUCAGAGGCCGCUCCCGGUGGUGGAUCUGGGCAAGGUCUCAGUGUCUAAGGUCACGGCCGACUCCCUCAAACUCUCCUGGGAAACGGAGAGAUCCUAUGAUUCCUUCCUGAUUGAAUACGGCCCUGAGGGCUCAGAGGAUGUGAGUGAGCUCCCGGUAACCGGUGACCGUCGAUCCGCUGUCAUCACGGGCCUGAAGCCGAGCACCACCUACAGGCUGCAUGUCUACGGGCUCUCUGGUGACCAACGCAGCAGGCCGCUUACCACCUCCACCAAGACCACAGACAAGGCCGUGGUCAAACCUGUUAAACUUAGACCUCUUUCCGUUUCCUCGGUGACGGCUCACUCUGUGCGGGUCUCCUGGACGACAGAGCUGGUCUUUGGUUCCUUCCUCAUCGAGUACAGAAUCGUGGGGUCCCGGAGCGUGCAGAAUGUGACGGUGAUGGCCCAUCGCCGCUCCUACCUCAUCACAGGCCUGAGGCCUAGCACCAAAUAUACUGUCACCGUCUAUGGGAUUUCCAGAGGCCAGCGCACAGCACUGUCAACAUCUGUGAUAACCACAAGAGCCUCCACAGAUAAAGAGGGUCAGAGGCCGCACACGGUGGUGGAUCUGGGCAAGGUCUCAGUGUCUAAGGUCACGACCGACUCCCUCAAACUCUCCUGGGAAACGGAGAGAUCCUAUGAUUCCUUCCUGAUUGAAUACGGCCCUGAGGGCUCAGAGGAUGUGAGCGAGCUCCCGGUAACCGGUGACCGUCGAUCCGCUGUCAUCACGGGCCUGAGGCCGAGCACCACCUACAGGCUGCAUGUCUACGGGCUCUCUGGUGACCAAAGCAGCAGGCCGCUUACCACCUCCACCAAGACCACAGACAAGGCCGGGGUCAAGCCCGUUAAACUGAGACCUCUUUCCGUUUCCUCGGUGACGGCUCAAUCUGUGCGGGUCUCCUGGACGACAGAGCUGGUCUUUGGUUCCUUCCUCAUCGAGUACAGAAUCGUGGGGUCACGGAGCGUGCAGAAUGUGACGGUGAUGGCUCAUCGCCGCUCCUACCUCAUCACAGGUCUGAGGCCUAGCACCAAAUAUACCAUCACCGUCUAUGGGAUUUCCAGAGGCCAGCGCACAGCACUGUCAACAUCUGUGAUAACCACAAGAGCCUCCACAGAUAAAGAAGGUCAGAGGCCGCUCACGGUGGUGGAUCUGGGCAAGGUCUCUGUGUCUAAGGUCACGGCCGACUCCCUCAAACUCUCCUGGGAAACGGAGAGAUCCUAUGAUUCCUUCCUGAUUGAAUACGGCCCUGAGGGCUCAGAGGAUGUGAGCAAGCUCCUGGUAACCGGUGACCAUCGAUCCGCUGUCAUCACAGGCCUGAGGCCGAGCACCACCUACAGGCUGCAUGUCUACGGGCUCUCUGGUGACCAACGCAGCAGGCCGCUUACCACUUCCUCCAAGACCACAGACAAGGCCGUGGUCAAACCUGUUAAACUGAGACCUCUUUCCGUUUCCACGGUGACGGCGCACUCUGUGCGGGUCUCCUGGACAACAGAUUUGGUCUUUGGUUCUUUCCUGAUCGAGUACAGAAUCGUGGGGUCCCGGAGCGUGCAGAAUGUGACGGUGAUGGCCCAUCGCCGCUCCUACCUCAUCACAGGCCUGAGGCCUAGCACCAAAUAUACCGUCACCGUCUAUGGGAUUUCCAGAGGCCAGCGCACAGCACUGUCAACAUCUGUGAUAACCACAAGAGCCUCCACAGAUAAAGAGGGUCAGAGGCCGCUCCCGGUGGUGGAUCUGGGCAAGGUCUCCGUGUCUAAGGUCACGGCCGACUCUCUGAAACUCUCCUGGGAAACGGAGAGAUCCUAUGAUUCCUUCCUGAUUGAAUACGGCCCUGAGGGCUCAGAGGAUGUGAGCGAGCUCCCGGUAACCAGUGACCGUCGAUCCGCUGUCAUCACAGGCCUGAGGCCGAGCACCACCUACAGGCUGAAUGUCUACGGGCUCUCUGGUGACCAACGCAGCAGGCCGCUUACCACCUCCACCAGGACCACAGACAAGGCCGUGGUCAAGCCCGUUAAACUGAGCCCUCUUUCCGUUUCUACGGUGAAGGCUCAAUCUGUGCGGGUCUCCUGGACAACAGAGUUGGUCUUUGGUUCCUUUCUGAUUGAGUACAGAAUCGUGGGGUCCCGGAGUGUGCAGAAUGUGACAGUGAUGGCCCAUCGCCGCUCCUACCUCAUCACAGGCCUGAGGCCUAGCACCAAAUAUACCAUCACCGUCUAUGGGAUUUCCAGAGGCCAGCGCACAGCACUGUCAACAUCUGUGAUAACCACAAGAGCCUCCACAGAUAAAGAGGGUCAGAGGCCGCUCCCGGUGGUGGAUCUGGGCAAGGUCUCCGUGUCUAAGGUCACGGCCGACUCCCUCAAACUCUCCUGGGAAACGGAGAGAUCCUAUGAUUCCUUCCUGAUUGAAUACGGCCCUGAGGGCUCAGAGGAUGUGAGCGAGCUCCUGGUAACCGGUGACCGUCGAUCCGCUGUCAUCACAGGCCUGAGGCCGAGCACCACCUACAGGCUGCAUGUCUACGGGCUCUCUGGUGACCAACGCAGCAGGCCGCUUACCACCUCCACCAAGACCACAGACAAGGCCGUGGUCAAACCUGUUAAACUGAGACCUCUUUCCGUUUCCACGGUGACGGCGCACUCUGUGCGGGUCUCCUGGACGACAGAUUUGGUCUUUGGUUCUUUCCUGAUCGAGUACAGAAUCGUGGGGUCCCGGAGCGUGCAGAAUGUGACGGUGAUGGCCCAUCGCCGCUCCUACCUCAUCACAGGCCUGAGGCCUAGCACCAAAUAUACCGUCACCGUCUAUGGGAUUUCCAGAGGCCAGCGCCCAGCACUGUCAACAUCUGUGAUAACCACAAGAGCCUCCACAGAUAAAGAGGGUCAGAGGCCGCUCCCGGUGGUGGAUCUGGGCAAGGUCUCCGUGUCUAAGGUCACGGCCGACUCUCUGAAACUCUCCUGGGAAACGGAGAGAUCCUAUGAUUCCUUCCUGAUUGAAUACGGCCCUGAGGGCUCAGAGGAUGUGAGCGAGCUCCCGGUAACCAGUGACCGUCGAUCCGCUGUCAUCACAGGCCUGAGGCCGAGCACCACCUACAGGCUGAAUGUCUACGGGCUCUCUGGUGACCAAUGCAGCAGGCCGCUUACCACCUCCACCAGGACCACAGACAAGGCCGUGGUCAAGCCCGUUAAACUGAGCCCUCUUUCCGUUUCUACGGUGAAGGCUCAAUCUGUGCGGGUCUCCUGGACAACAGAGUUGGUCUUUGGUUCCUUUCUGAUUGAGUACAGAAUCGUGGGGUCCCGGAGUGUGCAGAAUGUGACAGUGAUGGCCCAUCGCCGCUCCUACCUCAUCACAGGCCUGAGGCCUAGCACCAAAUAUACCAUCACCGUCUAUGGGAUUUCCAGAGGCCAGCGCACAGCACUGUCAACAUCUGUGAUAACCACAAGAGCCUCCACAGAUAAAGAGGGUCAGAGGCCGCUCCCGGUGGUGGAUCUGGGCAAGGUCUCCGUGUCUAAGGUCACGGCCGACUCCCUCAAACUCUCCUGGGAAACGGAGAGAUCCUAUGAUUCCUUCCUGAUUGAAUACGGCCCUGAGGGCUCAGAGGAUGUGAGCGAGCUCCUGGUAACCGGUGACCGUCGAUCCGCUGUCAUCACAGGCCUGAGGCCGAGCACCACCUACAGGCUGCAUGUCUACGGGCUCUCUGGUGACCAACGCAGCAGGCCGCUUACCACCUCCACCAAGACCACAGACAAGGCCGUGGUCAAACCCGUUAAACUGAGACCUCUUUCCGUUUCCACGGUGACGGCUCACUCUGUGCGGGUCUCCUGGACAACAGAGCUGGUCUUUGGUUCCUUCCUCAUCGAGUACAGAAUCGUGGGGUCCCGGAGCGUGCAGAAUGUGACGGUGAUGGCCCAUCGUCGCUCCUACCUCAUCACAGGCCUGAGGCCUAGCACCAAAUAUACCGUCACCGUCUAUGGGAUUUCCAGAGGCCAGCGCACAGCACUGUCAACAUCUGUGAUAACCACAAGAGCUUCUGCAGCUAAAGACACUGUGAAGCCAAAUAGAAUUGGUGACCUUUCUGUCUCUCGCAUCACGGCUCAGUCCUUUAAACUCUCCUGGACAGCGAGCGAGGGCUUCGAUUCCUUUCUGAUAGAGUACAGUGCUUCGGAGCCCCGGGGAGUGUACAACCUGACCAUGACUGGGGACCAAAGGUCCACCUUCAUCAAAGGCCUGAGGCCUACCACCGUCUACACUGUCCGUCUCUAUGGGGUCGCUAAGGGUCAGCGCACAAAGCCACUGACCAGCAUAGUGACCACCACAGCUUCCACAGGAACGGAUAUCAUGGAACCCAGUGAGAAGAAGGAGCUGGGCAACAUUUCUGCUUUGGCGCUGACACCUCACUCAGUCAGACUGUCCUGGGCAGCCCAGAGGGACUAUGACUCCUACAUUGUGCAGUACAGAGCCCGGGGAUCAGAACUGGUGCAGAAACAGUCUCUGAGUGGCCACACUCAAUCACAUGUCAUCACAGGCCUCAGGCCUACUACCAAGUACACCUUCUACCUCUACGGAGUGUCCAGCGGGCGCCACACAACACCCCUGUCCACCACCGUCACCACCGCAGACUCCUCAGAUGAGGUCAGUCCGACAGCGAAGACACCGGUCCGACCCGGUGUAUCUCACGUCACUGCAGACUCCUUGCAGCUCUCCUGGAUGGUGGGCCAGGUGUAUGAACUCUUUCUGAUCCAGUACCGAGCCCACGGCUCCCAGACUGUGAGCAAUUUGACCGUGGCUGGAGAUCAGAGGUCAUUCUUCAUCACAGGCCUCAAACCCAGCACCAAAUACACCAUCUAUCUCCAUGGGGUCUUUCAAGGCCAAGUCACAAAACUGAUGGCCUUUGUGGCUUCUACCACAGUGAAGGAAGGUAUAAGGCCCAGUCAGGUGAAGGCCUUGGGCAGUCUCUCUGUCUCUAACAUCACAGCUGACUCUCUGGAGCUCUCCUGGUCAACACAGUGGGCCUUUGACUCCUACGUCAUUCAGUACAGAGCCCAGGGCUCCGAAGAGGUGAGGAAGUUCCGGGUGUCUGGGAACCGUCGCUCGUAUGUCCUCAUAGGCCUCAGGCCUACCACCAAGUACGCCAUCUACAUUUAUGGAGUGUCCAGGGGCCGUCACACCAGGCCGCUUUCGAUCGUCGUGACAACCACAGCUUCCAUAGAUACCAAUGGUGUAAAGCCCAGCAGGCUGAGAAAACUGAUCCGCCUUUCGGGAAACAAUGUCACGCAGGAUUCCCUGCAAAUCUUUUGGGCAGCUGAAAGUGGCUUUGAUUCCUUUCUGAUCCAGUACAGAGUGGAAGGAUCUGAGGAGGUGCAGAACUUCACAGUGCCCGCUCAUCAACAUUCGUCCUUCAUUGAAGGCCUGAGGCCUGGUACCAAGUAUCUGGUUUCUCUCUAUGGGCUUUCCGGAAGCAGACGGACUAGGCCACUAACCACUAUAAUAACCACUGCAGCUUCAGCAGAGAAAGAGUUGGUGAAAUCUGGCAAGUUUGGGAGCCUUUCGUUCUCGAAUAUCACGGCUGACUCCCUCCUCCUCUCGUGGUCAGCUGACACUGUCUUUGACUCCUUCCUGAUACAGUACAAAGCUCAGGGGUCCGACCUUCUGCAGAAUAUCACUGUAACUGGUGACCGUCGCUCGGUCUUCAUCACAGGCCUGAGGCCUACGACCAACUACACCAUUUACCUCUAUGGGGUGUCCAAUGGCCAGCUCUCCAGGCCGUUGGUGGCUCUCUUGACCAUCACAGCGGUUCCUGUUCACACCGUCGGUGUCAGUGCCCUGGGAAGACUCUCAGUCUCCGAUAUCAACACUCACAGCCUCAAGCUCAGCUGGGCCGUGGAGGAAGGGACCUUUGACUCUUUCUUGGUCCAGUAUAGAGAUUCCGAGGGGCAGCUGGGGGUCAAAGAGGUCACGGUGCCAGGCAACCUCCGCAGUGUCUCCAUCGGUGACCUGGCCCCCAGCACCGAGUACCUCAUCUCUCUCUAUGGCGUGUUACAGAACCAGCAAACAGAACCCAUUCCCAUCGUGGCACGAACAGCUCGAGAGAGUCCGAGCAGACUGAGUUUCUCCGAUCUCACCGACAGCUCAGUCACCGUCCACUGGGCAGCGCCGGCAGCGCCUGUCGAUAGCUUCAAGAUCUUCUACGUCCCGACGAAGCGAGGUGAACCAAGGAGCGCAGUGAUAGCCGGCAGGAAAACCAACAUCACCCUGAGAGACCUGCUCCCGGAUACCCAGUACGAGGUCAACCUGGUGGCUGUGCGGGGGGCCACGGAGAGUCCACCCAUCCUGGACCACUUCACAACUGCUCCGGACGCUCCGACGAAUCUGAAAGCUGUUAAUAUUUCCGAGACGAUGGCCCUCCUGGUUUGGAGACCUGCGAUUGCACCCAUUGACCACUACACCAUCACCUACAGCAGCAAAGCUGGUGCCACUGUCAGCCGGGAUGUCCCCGGUAACUCUGCCCAGCUGCAGCUGACUGGCCUCACUGUGAAUACUGAGUACACAGCAGAUAUCUCUAGUGUCAGCGGAGACAGGAUGAGUCCGAGAGUCACUACCAACUUUGUCACUGGUUCUGAUCUGCCAAAGGACCUAACAGUGAGUGACAUCUCAACAAGUGAAGCCCUGGUCUCCUGGAAGAGCCCGAGAGCCCCAGUGACUGGAUAUCUGCUGCUGUAUGGGACCGAGGGAGACCUGUCUCAGCGGGUGAAGUUGGAUGCCACAAAGCUGAGCCACAGACUGCAGCAGCUGAUGCCCAGCACCAGGUACAUGGUCAGGCUGCACGCCCUGCAGGACAGUGAGAAGACGGGCGCUGUGACGGCACACUUCAACACAGUUGGUGCACACAUCCCAUUCCCGAAGGACUGCGGAGAGGAACGUAGCAAUGGGAGAACAGAGUCCAGCAUCGUCACCCUCUACCUGAACGGGAGCAAAGACAAACCCAUCAGAGCGUACUGUGACAUGGAGACCGAUGGCGGGGGCUGGCUCGUUUUCCAGAGGAGAAUGGACGGCAAGACCAACUUCAUCAGGAACUGGAAGGCCUACGAGACAGGCUUCGGAGAUCCGGCUGGGGAGCACUGGCUGGGGUUGCUGAAGCUGCACCAGCUGACAGCACAGCAAAAUUACCAACUCCGUGUGGAUCUGCGGAACGGUCAGGAAUCCGCCUACGCUAUCUACGACAACUUUUUGGUGGAGAGCCCAGCUGAGAGAUACAAACUGAGCGUGGGCAAAUAUUCCGGGAAUGCCGGGAACUCCUUGGCAUAUCAUCACGGCAGUAACUUCACCACCAUCGAUGCUGACAAUGACGAGGCUCUCACAAACUGUGCUGUCUCCUAUCGAGGAGGCUGGUGGUAUAAAAACUGUCAUCGUGUCAAUCUCAACGGAGAGUAUGGAAACAACAGGGACCAUCAGGGUGUGAACUGGUAUAGCUGGAAAGGCUUCGAGUUCUCCAUACCCUUCACUGAGAUGAAGAUGAGGCCUUAUAAGUUUGUCAGUUCCGUCAGGAAGGAGUGAGGCACAGGGCCACCUCCAGGGGACAAUUCUAAAGCUCGCAGCUAAUUCUUCCGCCCGGACUUUUUGACUUUACUGCGGUCGUCAUGAAGCCGACGAUGUUUUGACCUCUGUUUAUGUUCUACUGGGAUCUGGGCCUGUUGACCUUUGAACCCACCAACAACAAGACCCAACACCAGCGUAUGGCCUAUCACUCGUCGGCUUCAAAUUGUGUGGUUCCAAAAUUAUUCACCAAAUCAUAGAGUUAACCAAAUGUUGGAGAAGGAAUUGGAAAGGGUAGGGGGGAGGGUGGGGACAUCCGAAGCUCCAAGACUUUGGAUGCUGCUGUUUUCUGAUCGCCAGCCUCUUGUAUAUCUGCUGCUUUCUAGUAUAUGAGUGCUAGGAUCAAUCUCUAAUACCAGAAACUGCCCCCAUUGCAUUUUAAAGAGAUUUAACUUGAUGAAUUUUGUUUUGAAGUUAUUUUGUAUGUUUUUUUUUCUCUGUUAUUUUGAAAUACAUUUGAUGUGCCUUUUCUAA